AUGCAACUCUAUGAUGUCCAUCCCCCGCACCGCGGCGGAUCACUCGUCGGCUCGAUCGUUCGACUCGCCUGCUUCGUUCUCGGUCCCGAGGAUCUGAGUGCGCUCGGCUCGCCUUUGCUUUGCGCCCUUUUCCAUGUGGCCUUGGCUGCUCUUGUGGGGGGGGGGAGAGAACGGCUAGGCCAAGCCGCCGACCGGGGACCAACCAAGACGGCCAGAACUGGACCAGAACUCGGGAAACACGCCUUCACCUACCAACUUGCCAACUCCUCCCCACAAAGGUAA